AUGAACAGUGUCGAGCUGGUCCUUAUUGCCGCUUGUACCGCCCUACUAUUCUCCUUCGCUCGCUGUUCUUCUGUUAGCGACCAGCAAAGGUUAGUUGAAGCCAGCCCAGAAGAAUUCGAGCGGGAACGAGAAAUCUUCCCGAACUUCAGGCGGGCACUCAUGGAAGCAGGUAGGGAAUUUCUUGUUUGUUGAAU